CACAUACAAAUCCCCACACAUACACUCUCUCUCUCAUCAUAUACCCACAACAUUUAAAGGAGAGCCUUCUUCUCUUCUUUUUCUUUAAUUCCUAACAACACUCAAAUAAAGUCAGGCAUGGCUAAUAAUACUGUCCCAGACCUCUGCUUCAAGAAGCACUACUUGUCUUCAUCUUCAUCAUCCAAAGUUAUCAACAAUGAAGAAGAUGAAGAUGAACAAGAACACCAAGAAGAAGAAGAAGUGAAAGUGGUGAAACCCAUAGUUUCAAAUGCAGAAGAAGAUCAUGACCCAAAAAGGAGCAGGAGAAAGAGGUUACAAUCCCCAGUUGGAGUCUCCAGGCUUAUGAGAUCUGUCCUGGCCAUCCUGGCGAGGAACAGGAGAAUUAACAUGUUCUCCCAUCCUCGCCAGGAUGGUUGCCGUCUGGGGACGCGGGUGGUGGUCGGGACCCUGUUCGGGUCCCGGCACGGCCACGUCCACCUGUCCUUCCAGAAGGACCCCGCGUCCCCGCCAGUCUUCCUGGUGGAGCUGGCCACCCCGACGUCUGGUCUGGUCCGGGAAAUGGCGUCCGGCCUCGUCCGGGUCGCACUGGAGUGCGACAAGGACGAGGCGGGACCCGCGGGUCCCCUCCUGGACCGGCCGGGGCCGUGGCGGACAUACUGCAACGGGAGGAAGUGCGGGUUCGCGGCGCGGAGGGACGCCGAGGAGAAGGAGUGGGAGGUCCUGAAGGCGGUGGGGCCCAUCUCGAUGGGCGCCGGGGUGUUGCCGCCGAGCGGGAAUGGAGACGACGGUGGCGGCAGCGGCGGCGGCGGCGAGGUGAUGUACAUGAGAGCCAAGUUUGAGAGAGUUGUUGGGUCUAGAGAUUCUGAGGCGUUUUAUAUGGUGAAUCCAGAUAACAAUGCUGCUCCUGAACUCAGUAUUUACUUGCUCAGAGUCUGAUGAUGAUUUGAAAGUAUGGAAACUUAGUAAUUUUUUUCUAUCUGAGUAUUUCACUUUUUUACAGUGUCUAAUGGAACACUUUAUUUUUACAUAGAUAUAUAUUAGGAAAAUGCUAGGGUACACCAAAAAAGUACCCCAAAUAUCCCCACCCCCUCCAUCACGACACAAAAAAGGCAAGAAAUUUUCAAAAAAAUUUAAAAAUAAAAACAAAACAAAAUGAAUGGUUAGUAAGAGGGUGGUGUACAUUUGGGGUACACUUUUUGGUGUACCUCUAGCAUAUCCCUAUAUAUUAUACCUAUAAAUAUGAUAUUUGAGAAAUAUAUUUCAAUUUAAUUC